AUGACGGUGCCCGUCUCACACUAUGAGCGGCCGGGCUCGAGCGGCACCGGCCCGCAAGUGAAGAGUGAGUAUGACGAUCUGGGUUAUUCCGCGGUGCAAUUCUCGGUUGAUUCGCUGGACGCGGACGUGGUCAACUUUGAGGCCGGCAAAGAUGCCUACCACGGCGGCUCUACGGCAGCGCACAACGAGGCCAUGGACUGGGGGUCUGCGAUGCCAGCGGACGACCUGCGCUUCGACGACUUUCUCGACCUCGACAGCAUGUCACAUACGGGUGACGAGUGGCCUGACCAGCCCGACUCGCUCUUCUUCGACAUGCCCGCCCUUGACGGGUCCACCUCCACAACGAGCGUAUCGGACGAUUUCGACGACCUGCUGAGUUGCCACUCUCAGCAGCAACACAACCACCAGCACCACCUGCACCACUUGCACCAGCACCAGCACCAGCAACAGCAACAGCAACAGCUGCUGCAGGUUCCGCCCGUGGAGGCUAGGACUAGCACGACAGCUGGUCCCGCUGCCACUAGCUGCAUGGCGGCUGGUAGUAGUGUUGGUAGUGCUAGCGGUGGUAGCGGCGCCAUUCGCUUUCCCUCUGCCCACCAGGAGGACUGCGGUCCAGCUGCUGAGGUUACCGAUGUUACUGCACAUAUACGCCCGGGCAAGAGCCAGCCUUCUCCGGCGAUCGCCCGUGGUGGGGUGGGACUGGGACUGGGACGGGGAGGGGGAGGGGGAGGGGCAGGUGGCAGAGUCCCAGGAGAACAAAGGAAAACACCGUCGACCUAUCCGGACACAGCUCUCGGCCUUGGCGGCACCGAGGCGAUCUCUGACUCUGAGCUGCUACGGCUCGAGGGUAUCUCGUUGAAAGCGUCACCUACUCGCGUCCCGCCCCUGGGCCAUGUCUCACACUCGCAACCUCCCACCCCCCUCCUCCACCAAGGCCAGGGCCCGGCCACCUCCAAGCCUACUCCCGCUACUACUACGACCACCACCUCCUCCUCCUCCUCCUCCACCGCCGCCGCUACUACUGGCAGCCGGAGCUUCUUCAAGGCCGUUGCCUCCAUAGAUCCAAAAAGCAGCCACCGUCCGCUCUAA